AAGGGAGCGAGCAACAACUCUCUCAGCUUGCGGAAUCCAUUUGUUCUUCCGUUUCGAUUUCCGACAAAGAUCUUUAAGAGGAAGACAAAAAGAUGGGGGAGGAGAAGAGGCAUCAGAUGAUGCAGAACCUUUUUGGCGAUCAGUCGGAGGAAGAGGAAGAGAUCGAUUCUGAGCACGAAUCAAAUCCACACCCUAAUUACGGAAGCGAUGAAGCUGAGGGAGCCCCAGAAGCUGAGGGUGAAGGGGAGGUAGAGGGGCAUGGAGAAGUAGAAGUAGAAAGUGAUGUUGAGUUGCAUGAUGUGGAACCUGAUCCUGGAGAAAGUGAGGGUGAAAGAGAACAAAGUUCCCAGGAGGUAGAUAUUGGUGACCAGAGAGAAGAAAGUGAGGUCAAAGAUUCUGACAGUGAUGAAAAAGAAGAAUAUGGUCAGCGGGUAGUGACAAGUAGGAGGCGUGAAGUGAUUGAAAGUGGAUCAGAGAGGUCUGAGGAGAACCAUUACCCAGAUAAUGAAGAUGAGGAGGUUGAUCAGGCUAGAAGUCCAAGCAAAUCUCCUGGGGAGGAGAAGGUUCAAACUCACCUUGCACAUUCGGCUGCUGAAAUUCGUGAUGUUUUUGGUGAUUCUGAUGAUGAAGAGAUAGCAGAAUUUGCAGUUCAAAAUGAAAUGGAACAAGAUGAAAAUAGGUCUCCUAUGGAAGAGGAAGAUAUCUAUGAGAAGAGCCUUAGACCUGAGGAUAUGGUGGCUGAUGAAGAUGCUCAAUAUGAUUCUGAAGAUGACCGUGUUGAGAUGAAACAUAAGGAAAAGCCUGUUGGCCCUCCAUUGGAAUUAGAAAUUCCAUUGCGCCCACCACCAGCGCUUCCUACCAAGAUGAACUUGAUCAAAGUUUCUAAUAUAAUGGGCAUUGAGCGAAAACCCUUUGAUCCUAAGACAUAUGUGGAAGAGGAUAUGUUUGUGACAGAUGAAUCAGGAUCAAAGAAACGCAUCCGCUUGGAAAACAAUAUUGUGCGCUGGAGGAUUGUUAAAAGGCCAGAUGGUACAAAAUCUUAUGAAAGCAAUGCUCGCUUCGUGAGAUGGUCGGAUGGAAGUUUUCAGUUAUUAAUUGGGAAUGAAGUUCUUGACAUCUCUGAGCAAGGCGCACAACAUGACCAAGCACACCUUUUUCUCAAGCAUGGAAAGGGAAUUCUUCAAUCCCAAGGAAGAAUUUUGAAUAAGAUGAGGUUUAUGCCGUCAUCCUUGUCAUCAAAUUCUCAUCGGUUGUUGACUGCUCUAGUUGAUUCACGGCAUAAAAAGGUUUAUAAGGUGAAGAACUGUAUCACUGACAUUGAUCCUGAGAGGGAAAAGGAGGAAAAAGAAAAGGCUGAAAGCCAAACAAUCAGAGCUAAUGUUCUUCUGAACCGUAAGAGGGAAAAAGUGAAUAGGAAGUAUACACAAACUGCAGUGAGGCGCCAACUUUCAACUGGAUACUUGGAGGGGGCCCUUGAUGAGGAUGAUGAAGAUUAUAAUGAUUCUCGUCGUUUUCGCCACCGCUUUGAUGAGGACUUGGAAGUGGAGGCUCGGGCAGAAAAACGCAUCCUGAAUGCCAAGAAGGCACAGGGAUACAGGGACAUUCCUCGCAAGUCAUCCAUGUCAGCAGUUAAAUCUAGGCGCCCUGUGGAUUUCUCUGAUAGUGACAGAGAGGAGUCCGAAUAUGAAUCUGAUGGAGAGGAAGAUGGGAGAUCUCCUCCACGUAAAAGGGUUGAGGAUGAAGAGCCAGAGUAUGAAGAAGAGGAUGAAGAGGAAGAGGAGCAUGAGGAAGAGGCAGAUGCUGAUGAAGCAUCCGAGGAAGAGGAACCCAAGCAAAAGGUGAAGGACUUUGGAGGUAGGAUCAAGCGCAAGCCAAUGGAGUCCGAUGAGGACUCACCUCCAAGAAAAGUUCAAACACAUCAACAUCGUCGCAUGGCAGUUGUUUAUGAUAGUGAUGAAGAAUGAGAACCUGUUACUUGCAAGAUAUUAUGAGUCUACAUCCUGAUAAUGAAACGGGAGCAGAUCCCUGCAUUUAGAGUUGCGAUGGAUGGUAGAAUCUAUUCCAGCUCGAUGAGGCAUCUGUCAAGUAGAAGCUCCUGAAAGUUUAGAUAUUUAUUGUCCCUUUUUACCUUUGUCAUGGAUAAAACCAGUUUUCUCCAUUGCGGGAUGCCGACAAGACCUGUGAUAAAUCCGGCAGUAUUCUCUUGAUCCUUUUUUCUGAAUGUUAUCAAUGCAAUCUGCUUCUAAUAUGCUGGUAUUAUCUUUCUUUAUCUUUGAAGAAGACUUCUCUUCCCCAAACUUAAAUCAAUGUCUCCGAGAAGUCUAGAUUCUAAUUGUUUUGAUUUUGUGGUAAGCAGUGUAGGUUAUAGAUAAUUAUGGAAAGAACUGAAAAUAGGUUGAACAGUACAAGUUAUUUACCAUAUGAAUUGGAGAACAUCUUAGCUGGGAGGAGGAUUAAUUUGUCGCAGGUGCUUAGGUACUGCUGGAGGCUUUAUCAGAUAGUUCGACUUGUUCUAAUUGUUUUCAAUAAUCAAGAGUGUUAUGCAUU